CAAGUGUCUUCACAGAACACGUCGUGAAACGUAUUCGCAAAUGAUAAUUCUAAUGUCAUACUGGCUUAGGAAAAGCACGCGGGGACAUAGAGGUACGCGAGCAGCUGAGCACCAUUCAUUUUUGUUACAUGCAAUACGUAUAAUUUGUGAUAUAUAUGAGAAAAUAUAGAAGAAUCUAAGAUAAGUCAAAGUUAUAAAAAUUAUCCAAUGCAUGUAGAAAGUUACAUUAAAGGCCGCGAGCUUAUUUUUUGUAUAUUAAAGUGUUAAUACGAGGUGAAAAAUUAUUGAAAUUACUAGACGCCUUAUUACUUCAAGCCAGGCAAUUUUUAAGUGAAAUAACGCAAAUGUGUUUGCUUGGAAUUAAGAGGAACGAAAUAUUGACACUCUUAAUAAUCAUGAUUCUACACUCAGCAGGAGCGGAGUCAAUACCUUCGUUAAAUACCACUUGGAAUAGUACAACGUGUCCUAUACCACUGAAAGAUUUAGAUUUUAUCUAUAAUGCAACGCAAUCUGAUCCUGAAAUUAUUUGGCCAUGUGAAGUUCGCAUUUAUUGGCUUAACUUACGACCUUUUGUUAAAGUCGUGAGAUUCCUGCUAACCUAUGUGACAGGAUUUAUUAUAAUUCUCGGAGUGACGUUAAACACGAUAUCGUUUGGAAUGCUUAGCACAUCUAUGCUAAAUGACUCGAAUCUAUCUCUGUAUCUAAGGGCUUUAGCUAUUUCUGAUAAUGGAGCAUUGGUAUUCAAUUAUGCUGUAGGAAUAGCAAAGUCGCGGUUUCCGUACAUAAACGAUUUGUUUAUGAAAAGCAAGUUUCUUUGCCAACUAAACUCUGUAACUAUGGAGCUCUUCCAAUUCACAUCGACCUGGCUGGUUGUUUCUUUAACUUGGACUCGGGUGUGUGUUGUUAUCUUUCCAUUUCAGACUCGAAGUACAUGUCAGAGUCGUUCAGCAAUUAUAAUUAUGGCUACUCUGAUAUGUGUGUCAUUCACAAUAUCGCUUACUAAAUUAUAUUCAGGAGGUUACGAGAUAGACAGUGUAUUUGAGUUUGUCCCAUGUCAGAAGAAAUUGAAUCCUUGGGGCAGUACCAUGCACUUGUAUGUAGCCCUAUCUACGUGGCUACCUCUACUCUUCAUAUCAAUUGGGAAUGUAUUGUUGAUUAUACAAAUGAGAAAGUUUGAUAAAAUUCGCGUUCAACUAACAGGGAGUGAAGCUAAUCUUACUCACCGAUCAAGUACGACGUUAUUGGCUGUUUCAAUUGUGUAUUUGGUUUUACUAUUGCCAAUUGGAAUAGUUGAAACUUUGGAAUUAUAUUGGGAUGUUGUCUUGAUAAAGUAUCCUUCCAUUGGUAAAGAGGCAAACGAGCAAUACGUUAACUGGCUGGAGGAAAAGAUGCUAUUGAAGUGGUGUAGAGGUUUGGUAUUCCAUAUUUACCACUGGAAUUUUGCCAUAAACUUUUUUCUUUACUACCUCACAGGUAAAAAAUUUAGGGAUAGCGUGACAUGCACGUUUAAAAAUUACAGAAAGUUUCUUUGUUUGAAGCGCUUUCCUAAUUGGAUUUCAAUGUGGUCUAAGCAAAAGAACUUUUCCUUAUUUACUAUACCUUCCACUAUAUCGUUAAUAAAAGUUAUUAAAAUUAGCGACCGAUCUAUCUACUAUAAUGAUGCAGAACAAAAUACUGACGACACUGGUACCGUAACAUGACGGUAUAUGAAGCAACAGAUUAAGGCAGACGCCUGGUUUAGAGGGUCAAAAAAAUCGUUUUUUUUUUCUUUAAUCGAUGAUUUAAUUAUUAGAAAGUAUAUUCCUAAAGUUUUAGAAUACAAUUCGAAUUAUUUUGGAAGAUACAGAUUCGAGAACAGGUAAGCGUCGAGCACGUGUGUGUAAGUUUCCAAUAACAUAUUUUUCCGACUGAGAACUGUGAAGCGUGUUUUCUCUUCAGGCGCUUCAAUGGUUAGCUAAUAACUUCGCCAUUUUGCGAUAAUUUGAUGAUAAAAAUUUUUUUUCUUUCCCAAUUUACGUUAAAAUACACUAACAAUUUUAAGACGUUCCGUUGUUUCUCUACCUAUAAAAAAAUCGCCAAAAAUCACCUUUUUUUAGACUUCUAAACCAGACGACUGCCUUAAGUGACUUACCUGAGACUGGUAUUCUUAAUUUACAAAAUAAGUGGGUGCAGAGUGAAAAUGAACGCAUACGGUUAUUUCACUAUUUGCUCUACAAUAUGUAAGUAAACAAAGACUAUAUUUUAAGAUGCCUACGUAGAAUUGUAUUGAUAACGUGGAUGUUAUAAAUUUACAUUACUUGACUUAUGUAAAAUAAGUAAUUGUUACUGGUAAUAAAAAAAAACUUGUUUA